AUGGAUAAUAAUGACAAUAACGAAUCUGACAUUGAUGAAGAAGAUAAAAAACAUAUACCAGAUGGAAUUAUAAAAGACAUUUUGGUAAGAUGCUUUGAACAAGCCCGGAAAGCUCGCCAUCAGAACAUUGUACUUAUGGAAUUUACCAGACGUUUUCCAAAUAUAUCUGAGGAAGAAAAAAAUGGAUUAUUCAAUGUAUUCUCCAGUUCUGAGGCAUUUGGAACAAAAAUACAUAAUGCACUCUUAGAUGCGUUAGCUGAUCCUGUAAAAGGUUAG